CAGGAAAAGAUGAUACAGCAUCUGCCUUCCCCACUGAGGAUACUGCUUCUGCUGUGCUAACCAUCGAGAAUUCCUCAUCUCUCACCCAUUCCCAAUUCUCAGAGGCUCAGACAGCUUCUCCUAUAUCUCCCCACAAGGAUUCCCCUAAUGUUCCCAUUGUCCCCAGCCAGUCUGCUUGGUCAACAUCAGGUGACCUCUCCCAAAGUCUAGCAGAUGCUUUUGUGAAGAGCUCCAUGGUAGAGCAGACCCAGAGGGAGGGACUAGAUGAUGGAACUGGAAGUGGACAGGUGAGUUGGGAGCAGGGAGCAAAUGGCAGCCACUUUAUGUCAGAGGUUCAGGGCGGCUUAAGGGUAACCUCGCCACCUCUGACAACUGAUUUGGAUCAGGAGUUUGGGGGUUGCCUUGGCUGCCAAGGAGCUGAGCAGAAACUGGAGGAGGAGCCACCCAGCCUGACAAGCCCAUCCACUCAGCAAGUUGCAAUCCCUAGCCUAGACCCAAUAAAAGGGGUAGAGGGAAGUGGAGAGACUUUUGGAUCGACAGGAAGUACUACUGCAUUCAAAGAGAAGCAGGACAUGAAGUUGAGCAUGUCUGAAGUGGCCACCAAUAUCACAACCCAAGGAGCAGAAGUGAGCACAGAUUACACCCGGGCAGACCCCCUGGGUAUCACCCCUGCCCUUGAGCCCUUGACAACACAUGAACCCUCUCAGGUGCCUACAGACUACAAUUAUGACUCUAACAAUAAUACAACUAUUGGCUCUUUUGACAAAUUUCCCAUCAUUGAAGCUCCAGACAUUCCCAUGACAUCAUCCAACAUAGAGUCCACAGAAGAUUAUUUGCCUGACCUACCUGCCUUGACAAUUGGUCCUGAUGUCAGUAUCUCAGAUAUCAAAAUGACCACGUUAUAUUAUUGGGAAGAAGUGUCUAUUGAGCUGGAGGAUGAGAAUGAGCUCAGGCUGACCACAGUCUCUCCUAAGGUACAGACCAUGUUGACGAAAGAAGAAGCCACAAACAUACAGACUGUGCCCAAUCAGGACUUCCAAUCAGAAUCUUUCCUGAAGGAAAAUGCCUUCACGGGCUCCUCUGACUUAGAAAGCAGACACGAUGCUAGCCUGUCACCUCCUGUUCUUGGAGAAAAUGGGAGUGAAUGCAAACUGGGAUAUGUGAAGCAGAAUAAGUCUUGCAAGUCCAUUUGUGACAUGGUCCCAAGCUACUGCUACAAUGGUGGACAGUGUUAUGUCAUGGAUAAUGUUGGAGCUAUUUGCAGAGACCUUUAACUUUAAUCCUGGAGC